GAAUAAAAAAUCCCUCACUCUUGGAUUUGGGAUUUUCCCAUUUCUUCCAGGUUUUUCCGUGCGAUCAGAGGGAUGGAGAGGCUCAGGAGGAGGCGUCUCACAGCCCCUGAGUGUGAAGCUCUGGCUCAGAGUGCCGAGGGUUCGGCGCCGCUGACGCAGCCCCUGAGCCGGGCACGAGAAACUGGGAACAGGAAUCUUCACCCCAUUCCCCGGAGGAGACACCCCAAAGGACCAGGCCAGCAGAGGAAAAUCCUGGAAUUCUUCGGGACCCCAAAGACCCCACAAACGGGAUCCGCUGGGACCACAAACUGCGGGAUCAAGGAUGAGCCUCUCGAUCCCUUUUUCCCCGAAUCCGACAAUUCCUUUGGGAUCAUGGAAAAUCCCAGCAGCAAUCCCACAAUUUUCCCGGAUAACCAGAACCUCGUGCCACCUCCUAAAGCACAUUCCAGGAAAAGACCUCAUCCCUCAGCAUCCUCAGGAAUUCCCAACGCGGAGCAGCAUCCAUGGGGUGAUCCCGACGGGGAAAUUCCCGAACGGAGCCGGAUCAAACAGGAAUGGGAAGAGCUGGAAGUGGAGCCAAUUCCCGAUUCCCAUUUCGGGCUGCUGGGAACUCGGGACUGGGAAAUUCCUCAGGGAAAAAUGGAUGAGCUUCCCGUUGAAAUCCUCAGGAAUAUUUUCUCUUUUUUGCCGCUGUCGGAUUUGUACCUCAACGUCAGUUUGGUGUGUCACUACUGGCGGGAAAUCAUCCGGGAUCCGCUG